AUGGAUCAUCAUACAGAGAUUGAAAUCCAUGGGAAUUCAAAUCCAAUUCAAAUAUCUCGUUUGGCCCUCGAUAUUGGAGGAUCUUUAAUCAAGCUGGUGUAUUUCUCGAGAAAUUCUGGUGAUGAUGAGGACCCAUUGAAUGAUAGUGUUGGAGUUUCCAAUGCUGUUAAUGGCAGGCUUCAUUUUGCCAAGUUUGAGACAACCAAGAUCAAUGACUGCUUACAGUUUAUUAGUGCCAACAAACUUCUCCUUGGUGGUUUCCAGCAUCAAGAAAAUUUUAGCAAUGACAGAAACUUUAUUAAGGCCACAGGUGGUGGGGCAUACAAGUUCUCUGAUCUUUUCAAAGAAAAGCUUGGCAUUAGACUUGAAAAGGAAGAUGAAAUGGAUUGUCUUGUGACGGGAGCAAAUUUUUUGCUUAAGGCAGUCAAUCAUGAAGCUUUUACAUACUUGAAUGGUCAGAAGGAAUUUGUGCAGAUUGACCAUAAUGAUUUGUAUCCGUACCUACUCGUUAAUAUUGGAUCUGGAGUUAGCAUGAUCAAGGUGGAUGGAGAUGGAAAAUUUGAGCGAGUUAGUGGAACAAGUGUUGGUGGUGGCACUUUUUGGGGUUUGGGAAAGUUAUUAACAAAAUGCCAGAGUUUUGAUGAGUUGCUGGAGUUGAGUCAUCAGGGAAAUAACAGAGUUAUAGACAUGCUUGUUGGGGACAUUUAUGGUGGGAUGGACUAUUCAAAGAUUGGUCUCUCAUCUACAGCUAUUGCUUCUAGCUUUGGGAGGACAAUUUCUAACAACAAGGAACUUCAAGAUUAUAAACCUGAAGAUAUCUCCCGGUCUCUUCUGAGAAUGAUUUCAAAUAAUAUUGGACAGAUCUCUUACUUGAAUGCUCUUCGAUUUGGGCUCAAGCGCAUAUUUUUUGGAGGAUUUUUCAUCCGGGGUCAUUCUUACACUCUGGACACCAUUUCUGUUGCAGUUCAUUUCUGGUCUAAAGGCGAGGCAAAGGCGAUGUUUUUGCGGCAUGAAGGAUUUCUUGGAGCUCUAGGUGCAUUCAUGAGCUAUGAAAGGCACAGCCUUGAGGACUUGGUGGUUAAUCAAUCGGAGCAGCUCCAAGUGGAUGCAUCCUCUGGUACGGAUAAGAAUUGUAACCCACUGAAGGGGGAUUUGAAUGAAACUGAGAGCAUACAGUGUAGUGUCUAUCGAGCUUAG